AAAAAAAAAAACAGAAUUAAAAAAAAAAAAAAAAAAAGACGCCGCUCAUUUCUUCAGCCCUCGUUCGUUAAAUCUUGAUCUGUUUCUGAGUGGAAUCAAAGUGUUCGAACGCAGCAUCGCCUUCACUGAACACGUCUUAAUUUCAAGAAUUAACUGAUUCGUUUCGAGGGCGCUUCUACAGUUCGUAAUUUGAAUUAUUCAUCAGGGUUUAUCAGAAAAUUUGUGAUUCGUCUGAUUUUUUUUCAUCAGGGUUUAUCAGAAAAUUUGAAUUACUCUCUAUUUUGUCAAAAAUUGCCCUGAAUUUGUUCAUCGAAGAUGUAUCUUCAGCCCCCAGCCGAUUCAAUCGACUUUCGGGAGGUUUGGGCAGAAAACUUGGAUAAAGAAUUCGAAAUAAUUCGUUCAAUCAUCGACGAUUACUAUUGCGUUGCGAUGGACACGGAGUUUCCAGGGGUAAUCCUGAAACCCCUGCGCAUUUUCCCGAACACCAACGAAGAGAACUACCAAUGCCUGAAGGAGAACGUAAACACGAUGAAGCUGAUCCAAUUAGGGCUAACGCUCACCAAUGAAAAGGGGGAUCUCCCCACUUGCGGCGAGACCGGCCUAUUCAUCGUGUGGCAGUUCAAUUUCCGAGAUUUUAACCCCUCGGAGGAUAUAUACAACUCCGAUUCCAUCCAUCUACUGCGCGGCUGCGGCAUCGAUUUUGAGAAACAUGUAGCGGAGGGCGUCGACGCAACUCGAUUCGCGGAGCUUUUGAUGUCGUCGGGUGUUGUUUUGAAUGAGAGUGUUUAUUGGGUGACGUUUCAAUGUGGCCAUGAUUUCGGGUACUUGCUGAAGCUUUUGACCGGCCGGGAAUUACCGGAAACUCGAGAAGAAUUCUUCAAAUUUAUCAAAUUGUACUUUCCGGUUAUAUACGAUAUCAAACACAUGAUCCAGUUCGUGGAGUUGUACGGUGGAUUGAACAAGGUUGCUCGUACUUUGAAAGUCGACAGAGUUGGGACUAGUCAUCAGGCGGGUUCGGAUAGUCUGCUCACUUCUUCCGUGUUUCGAACGUUGAGGGACACGCGCUUACAAGAAUCGAUCGAGACGUAUGCAGGCGUGAUGCAUGGUUUAGGUAUAAACUGAUAGACAGGAUAUAAAAUUUCUUAGCAUAGUAAAACAUAGCAGAACAUAAUUGUGAAUUUUAGGUGUUGAUUUGAAGAAAAAAAAAUAAAAAAAAACCUUUUCGGGUACUGAAUUUAGUUGCGAGAUGAAAAAUCUAAAUCGGGAUUGUUUCGUCGAUUUUUGUUAAUUUUUGUUUCUAUGUAGAAAGAUAGGUUUGGCUCUUGAAAAUGUUUUAAAUAGCUUCUUUUUGCUUCUAUGAUUCUUGUCUUUGGUUUCUCCUUUUCAAGUACAUUUUGUAUUUUGAGAAUGUUUUGAUCGGAAUCGAAGUUAUAUAUGAAAUCAUCGAAACUUUUGAUGUCCGAUCGGAUUUUAAUUUUUCAAA